CAGGCUGGAUGUGACCCCCAGGAUGGUGCUGGACUCAGGGGCUCAGGUGUAUGAACAAGCACCCCCCAGCCCACCAGCCAGUCCCUCAUCCUUGGGCCAUAGGCUGAAGCCCUCAGACCAAGAUGGGACACCGAUGUACCCCUGGCCUCGAUCCCUGGCCAUGCCCCUGGCUCUGUCAGUCUCCUCAGCCAUGCAGCCCCGGCCUGAGCUGCAGUCCUUCUCAGAGCUGCGCUUGGGCCAACGUGGCCACAUGCGUCGCAGUGAGAGCACCUACACCAUAAAUAGUACUGGCCGGCGUGGGGGUAGCACCCAGGGUCGGGCCCCAUCUGGACGAGGACAGAAUCCAGGUCGGGGUACCCUGCGGUCUGCCGCUUCCCUGCCUCACAUUGCUAAGACUCGAAAGGAUAUAGGCCGUGGUUCCAGCAGGAGCCCCUGCAUGUUGGUGGCCCUGCGGCCAACUAACAUGGACCAUGAGCGGGACAAGUUCUUCCAGUCCCAUUACACCUACAACCCACAGUUUGAGUACCAGGAACCCAUGCCUAUGGCUGUGCUGGAGAAGUACUGUGAGGCCUCUGGACAGUUCAUCCAUCAGGCAGUUGGCAUCAUCGAAGCUGUCCUGGAGAAGUUUGGCACCUAUGAACACUUUGAGGCUGCAACUGGGGGCCAGCUGCUGACCAAGUGCCAGAUCUGGUCCAUUGUGCGCAAAUACAUGCAGAAAGAAGGCUGCGUCGGGGAGGUUGUGGUGCAGCUAAGUGAAGACCUGCUGUCCCAGGCAGUGAUGAUGGUGGAGAACAGCCGACCAACAUUGGCCAUCAACCUGACUGGAGCCCGCCAGUAUUGGCUGGAGGGCAUGCUGCGGCAUGAGAUAGGCACCCACUACCUGCGGGGUGUCAACAACGCACGGCAGCCCUGGCACAACGCUGAGGGCCGGCUACAGUACGGGCUGCGGCCGGCAAACCCCACUGAGGAGGGCUUGGCCAGCCUGCACAGCGUGCUGUUCCGAAAGCAGCCCUUCCUGUGGCGCGCGGCACUGCUCUACUACACUAUCCACCGCGCCGCGCACAUGUCCUUCCGCCAGCUCUUCCAGGACCUGGCGCGCUACGUGCAGGACGCUGAUGUGCGCUGGGAGUACUGCGUGCGUGCCAAGCGUGGUCAGAUGGACACCUCGGUGCCUGGCUGCUUCAGCAAGGACCAGGUGUAUCUGGACGGCAUUGUGCGCAUUUUGCGGCACCGCCAGACCAUCGAUUUUCCGCUGCUGACCUCGCUGGGGAAGGUGUCCUAUGAGGAUGUAGACCACCUGCGACCCCAUGGGGUGCUGGACAAUACUCGGGUGCCCCACUUCAUGCAGGACCUGGCAAGGUACCAGCAGCAGCUAGAGCACAUCAUGGCCACCAACCGGCUGGAUGAAGCAGAGUUGGGGCGCCUGCUUCCUGACUGAUGCUGGUUGAAGGCUAUCGACAGAGGCCCUGGACAGAGGGCUCCAGAUCAACCCCCAGAACAUGAAGCUGGCUGCUCUGUGCUUCCAUGGCCUGGGUGUUUCUUGGGGAACUGGGAGGGCAGGAACAUCUCAGGAGGAGCAGCAACAUUAGUAGGUUUGUGUUCCUUGGGGCCUGGGGACCAGCAGCAUGUUAGGCAAACUGAGUCUGCCCUCCUGCCUCUAUCUUUUUAACAGAGGAGAAGCCUGGGGGCAGCAGGGAAGGUGAGCAUGAAUGGGAAUGGGGGUUGGUUUGGGAGUAGAAACUUGUUUUUUGCAUGAGAUGGCUUUGGGUGUCUGCUACUCUAGUCUCCCUUCCCCCACCUGGCCCCUUGGUGCUCCUUCAGCUUUCAUGCUGUCUACCUCUCACUGGGUCCUAGUGGGGGUAUCCCUUCUCCUGGGGUGAUUGCCUGAGCCUGAGGUCCUGGCUUUCACACAGACUCAAUGGGCAGGGGUCCUGGUAGUUAGAGACCCAGCUGGGCUGGGAUGUGCUUUCCAGCAUUUUGCCUCUCUCACUCAUCAUGUAUUUCUUCUCUAUUUAUGUGCUCUCUUCCUGGGGCUGGAAGGCAGCAGCUCUUGAAGUCUCGGUGAGAGGAAACAGGGCUCCUCUGGAAGGCAUUGACUGUUGCUAACCCCACUCUCAUCACACACACAGUCCUUCAGGCCUUGCAAAUCAAGCCUGAGCACUCACCUGGUCUUGCCCCCACUCCCUUCUCUGGCCUCUGCUGUCCUUGUCUUUGCCCACACAGCUGGUCUCUGAUAGAGGAUGGCAUAGCUUGGCUGCAGCCACAGCCAAGCCUAAGGGGCAGGCCCCUAGUUGUCCCAAGUCCUGAGUCCCUCCUGUUCCAGGAGAGGUACAGAAAUAGUAGUUGCUUCCAGUUUCACCUCAGAUUCAGCUGUGUGAGGUUAACCUAGUCCCACUCCCACUCUUGGCCUUAGUUUCCCCAUCUGUAAAACUUGGAAACACAGCUGGAAAGUGCUUAUUCAUUUAGUCAGUGAAUAUGCAUAGAGCGCCUUCUGUAUGCCAGUUACUGGUCAGAACUCUCACUGAGCUCCUAGUCCUGAGAGAAGCCAGACAAUUAAAAUAGCAAUUACAAUGA